GGCCGCCCGCGGCGCAGCCAAUGGGAGUGCGCACAUCCCGCGGCGCAGCCAAUGGGAGCGCGGGCCGCCCGCGGCGCAGCCAAUGGGGGCGGGCCGUGCCUGCGGGCCGUGGCGGCGGGCUCGGGCUGUGCGCUGGGGCCGCGGCCAUGCCCGAGUGCCCGGAGCUGCACCUGGCCGGGCGCUUCAUCAACGGGGCGUGCGGGGCGCUGGUGUUCGCGGGCGGCGUGGAGCGCUCGGCCGUGGGCCGCGGGCCGGAGGUGCCCUUCCGCAGCGAGGCCUACAGCAUCUCGGCCGUCGCCCGCGGCAAGGAGCUGCGGCUGAGGCUGAGCGCGCUGGACCCCGCCGCCGGCCCCCCCGCGCAGGACCUGGUGUUCCGCUUCGGCAUGUCGGGGUCGUUCCGGCUGAGCCCCGCCGCCGAGCUGCCCCGCCAUGCCCACCUGCGCUUCCUCACCCGCGAGAGCCCCCCCCGCGCCCUCUGCUUCGUCGACCCCCGGCGCUUCGGCUCCUGGCGCCUGGGGGACGCGUGGCAGCCGGAACGCGGGCCCUGCGUGGUCUCCGAGUACCAGGCCUUCAGGGAGAAUGUGCUGAAGAACCUGGAUGACAGGGCUUUUGACAAGCCCAUCUGUGAGGCCCUCUUAAACCAGAAAUAUUUCAAUGGAAUUGGGAAUUACCUGCGUGCUGAGAUCCUGUUCAGGUUGAAGAUCCCUCCCUUUGAAAAAGCUCGGACCGUGCUGGAGGCCCUGAAGGAGCAGGAGCAGGAGAGGAGGAAGAAGGAUCCUUCCCUGACGCUGAGCAAGAAGGUGAAGCUGAAGCAGGAGAACCCAGAUCUCCUGGAGCUGUGCCACUCUGUGCCCAUGGAGGUCAUCACGGCAGAGAAGCCGCUCUUGGACCCCGAGCAGCCGGGUGAUUAUGCUGCCUUCAAGAACUGGCUGCGGUGUUACUUGGUGCCUGGCAUGAGCUCCCUGCGUGACCGCAAUGGCAGAACCAUAUGGUUCCAGGGAGAGCCUGGCCCCAUGGCUCCCAAAGGGCAGAGACCCCGCAAGACGCCCCGCAAGAAGAGCCCUCAGCUGAAGGCAGAGCCCGAGGCCCUGAGCCCCAAGGUCACCCCACGUGCCUUGAAGCAGCGCCGCAGGGCUGCAGCGAAGGCCCUGAAGUCAGAGGAGGAGGAGGAGGAGAAGGGAGAGGAGGCUGACAGGCCAGGGAAGGGCCGUGCUCGUGGGAAGAGGAAGGUGACUGCUGCUCCAGCCUUGCCUGAGGAGCCUCCAGGUGUCAGAAGAAGCCGCCGGAUUUCUGCUCGCACGGGCAAAGGUGCAGCCCCUGCCGUGUGACUGUCACCUGCUGCCACCUCCUGAGAGGCAUUUGAGGGUCCCAGAGGAGCUCAGGCAGGGCCUGGCCAGGGACCAAAGUUAGUGCUAGUGAAAAUGGGGCUGCUCUGUACCUGUGCUCACACUUAUUUGCUGCUGUUGCAUCCUGCCAGUGUGGGAGGGAGAAGCUGAGCCUGGUGAUGGGGCUUUUUAUUGCUGUCCACAGGCAUUUCAGGGGAAAAAGGGCCAGGACCACACGUGCUGGACUCUGACCCUUCUCUCUCCCUCUUCCCUUUCUGGCUGCUGAUCCAAUCACUGUUUUUAGCUGACUAAUAAAGUAUUUUGCAUAGAAAUCGCCGUGCAUGCCUUUCCAUGUGAAGGAUAAAUCCUUCUGUGCCCAGCCUCUUCCCCGCAGGGGCUGGAG